AUGACCCGCCGCAUUGUUCGCACCAUCAGCCAGCUCGGCGCCCUGCUGGUCACGGCUCUGCUCUUUGUCUUCCUUGUCGACACGCGCUACCGUCUGCUCCCGCAUGCCAUUCAUACCCAAAACUUUCUCCAUCAUCCCGGCCUUAUAGUCACCGAUGUCACCCUGACAACCUGCUCCUCCCUCAACCCCUUGUCUUCGUGCCAACUCGACUCUUCAAAAUGGCAUCGCAUCGAGAAGGAUCUGUACUUGCACACCGGCUGGGUCUCGUCUGCAUAUCUCCAUGUACAGCGUAAAAGGGAGGAGGAACUCACCGCCGAUGACAAGGUUGUCGUUGAUCUUCGUGUUGGCCGUCUGGACCCUGGUGUUGGCGAAAAAGGCCAGCAGCAAGAGCAAUGGGAAUCCCGUCCUGGCAACAUCUGGCUCUUAAGGAGCAACAAGAAGAAGGAUUCAGACAGCGACAGAGCCGUCACUGCUGUUGAUGUUUUGUUUGGCGCUGAUGCUGUCGACCCACGUCCCGGUUGGUCUAUCACACAAACUCCCUUGCUCCUUGAUGCCGCUUCCCGUCUUCAAGCCGCUCGUAUAACCAUUCGUCAUGGCCCUGUGCGAGCUGAAAAGAAAGACGUUGUUCCAAGAAUCCGCAAGGACGGAAAGUUCAAGAUCAUACAGCUCAGUGACCUCCAUUUGAGCACCGGCACUGGCUCUUGCAGAGACGCCAUCGACGCCAAUGGCGAUAUCAAGGGCAACUGCGAAGCAGAUCCUCGCACACUUGACUUUGUUGGCCGUAUUCUCGAUGAAGAGGCUCCAGAUCUAGUUGUACUGGGUGGUGAUCAGGUCAAUGGCGACACAGCGCCAGAUGCCCAGAGCGCAAUCUUCAAAUUCGCAGACCUUCUCAUCUCACGCUCUAUACCCUACGCUGCCAUAUUUGGCAAUCACGACGACGAAGGAUCAAAGGCUACUCGUCUAUCUCGUGAGGCUCAAAUGUCUCUGCUCUCUACUAUGCCUUUCUCGCUUUCUCGGCCUGGACCUGACAACAUUGAUGGUGUCGGCAACUACUACGUCGAGGUCCUAGCACAAUCUCCUUCUCAAAAUUCAGCAAUAACUCUCUAUUUCCUCGACUCUCACAGCUACAGUCCUGAUGAAAAGACUUAUCGAGGCUACGAUUGGAUCAAGCCUAACCAGAUCCAGUGGUUUACCGAAACUGCUCAGAGCCUCAAGACACAACAUGCUAAGUACACUCACAUUCAUCUCGACAUGGCUUUCAUCCACAUUCCACUGCCGGAGUUCGCCAUGCAGGGCAAUCUUGUCGCUGGCGGUGAAUUUCGAGAACCAAGCACCGCUCCAGGCUUCAAUUCUGGCUUUUACAAAGUGCUCAAAGAGCAAGGCAUCGUUUCAGUAGGAUGUGGUCAUGACCAUGUCAAUGACUACUGCGCCCUCACUCCUCAGUCUAAAGAUGCUGCAAACACUGAGAACGUCGGUCCUUGGAUGUGUUAUGCAGGUGGCAGUGGGUUCGGCGGCUAUGCCGGCUAUGGUGGCUUCCAUCGUCGGGUACGAGUCUGGGAUCUCGAUAUGAAUGCUGGCAGGAUAGUGACCUGGAAGAGGGUCGAGUGCUGCGGCGACGAUCUUAAGAAACGCAUUGGCGAAUUGCUUAUCGUCGAUGGAGGUCGCGUUGUCGUUCCACCAGAAUCGGGUUGA